GUUUAGAAGAACAGUACAUUAUUUUAAUUUUUCAAACUGGCCUUGAUCAUCAGGCAGAUGUGGUCUUUGAAAGUAUCAUUACUGAAAUUGGUAUAAAGAAUAAUGUUUCCAACUUUUUUGCAAAAAUUCCUUUUGAAGAAGCCAAUAGCAGACUCGUUGCCUGUACAAAAAGCUAUGAAGAGAGCAUCAAAGGAAACUGUGUACAAAAAGAGAACAAAGUGAAAACUGUGUCCUUUGAAUCUAAAAUCCAACUUAGAAGCAAACAAGAAUUGCAGUUUUUUGAUGAUGAGGAAGAAGCUGGCGAGAGCCACACAAUCUUCAUUGGUCCUGUAGAAAAGUUGAUAGUGUAUCCACCGCCUCCAGCUAAGGGAGGCAUAUCUGUUACUAAUGAGGACCUGCACUGUUUGACUGAAGGGGAGUUUUUAAAUGAUGUUAUUAUUGACUUUUAUUUGAAAUACUUGGUGCUUGAAAAACUGAAGAAAGAAGAAGCUGACCGAAUUCAUAUAUUCAGUUCUUUUUUCUAUAAACGCCUUAAUCAGAGAGAGAGGAAAAAUGCUGAGACAACUAAUCUAUCGAUACAACAAAAACGACAUGGGAGAGUGAAAACAUGGACCCGGCAUGUAGAUAUUUUUGAGAAGGAUUUUAUUUUUGUACCCCUUAAUGAAGCUGCACACUGGUUUUUGGCUGUUGUUUGUUUCCCUGGUUUGGAAAAACCAAAAUAUGAACCUAAUCCUCAUUACCAUGAAAAUGCAGUCGUGCAAAAAAGUUCAAGUGCAGAGGACAGUUGUGUUUCUUCUGCCAGUGAGAUGGACGCUUGUUCACAGAACUCUGCUCCCAAGCCUGUGAUUAAGAAGAUGCUAAAUAGAAAACAUUGCUUAGCUGUAACUGAUUCAAGUGCUACACAGGAAGAAAGUGAGCCAUGUUACCGGAGAAACACAUACAGUGUGAAAUGUAGUGUGAAAAAAAAAAAUCAUGCUUUAAGUGAAAAUGAAGAACCAAAUAAUGAAGAAUCUGCAUGCCGGGAAGUUACUGAUAGAACUGAAAGCGAGAAUGCCCUCCAGGAUGAAUGCUUCAACUCUGAACAUCAUCCAGAUGCCUUAAGCAAAAUCAGACUAAACUACGGAGAUCAGUCUGCAGAAGGUGGAAAACUGCUUGAAGAUGAACUCAUUGACUUCUCAGAAGAUCAGGAUGAUCAAGAUGAUAGCAGCGAUGAUGGACUCCUUGCUGAUGAAAACUACAAUUCAGAAAUAGGACAAUGGCAUUUAAAGCCUACUGUCUGUAAACAACCUUGUAUCCUACUUAUGGACUCACUCAGAGGCCCUUCUCGCUCAAAUGUUGUCAAAAUUCUAAGAGAGUAUUUAGAAGUGGAAUGGGAGGUUAAAAAAGGAAGCAAAAGAAGUUUUUCCAAAGAUGUAAUGAAAGGUUCCAACCCAAAAGUUCCACAGCAGAACAACUUCAGUGACUGUGGUGUGUAUAUACUGCAGUAUGUAGAGAGCUUUUUUGAGAAUCCAAUACUAAACUUUGAACUACCUAUGAAUUUGGUGAACUGGUUUCCUCCUCCCAGAAUGAAAACAAAAAGAGAAGAAAUUCGAAACAUAAUUCUGAAGCUGCAGGAAGAGCAGAGUAAAGAGAAGAAGCUGCUGAAAGACACUUCCCCAGCAGAAACAUCCUUAGGGGAUGGAGUGGAGCAAUAUGCCAGCAGUGUCUCAGAGUGACCAGGAAGCUGGGUCUUGUAGGUUCUUUCUACCUUCAGAAAUCACAUGGCGUUCAACUUUGGGUAUAGAAAGUGUAGAGCUGAAGUGCUCACUACUCAGAGAUUUGGGAAGUUAAAGCCUGUAAAAAUGUCAUAUAAGUAAUUUCCAAAGGAGUAUGUAUUAAGUAAAAGUCUGUAAAUAUGUUAAUGAGGCCAAUUUUCCAACAUUUAUAAUUAUUUUUUUCACUUUUAGGAAGCCUUUGUUAUGUAUUUUCUGUUAAUAGUACUAAACUGCAACUUCUAAACACAAAUAAAAUAUUUAUAGGAGGAAAUGAUUAAUUUGAUAUUUUUUAGUGAACUUGCAUAAUUCCUCAGAGUGUGAUUUUGUUUCAUGGGAAUAUAUAUAUAAGCAUCUAUGAUUUUUUUUUAAACCUUUGUUCUAAAAUAUUCAAAAAUGUGAAAGUAUAAUUGUCAAAGACAUUUUAAACUAAAAAUGCAUCUUUAUAUGGCUACAUAGCAAGAAAAAAAAGUAUCUUUUCAAUUCAUGCUCUUUCAUCUGUUCAGAAAAGCCCCAAAAUGUAAAAUAUUUAUAAUUUUACACAAAUACUUAACCAAUAUUAAGAGCAAUCAAAGACAACACGCCUUGACGCCUGCUACUAAAGCAUGUCUGCACUGGCAUACACUCUGCGACUCAGGUGAAAACUAUCCUGGCAAGUGCAGCUUGAAUCUCAAAUAUCCAAUCUUACCUUUGUACUUUAUCUUACAGUAUGCUGCAACCUGUAUGAUAGGACUAGUUAAGAAACAUUUUAAUCUGUAUAAACACAGGAAUUCAAAUAGGAAUUUAUUUUUUUGUAUCUUCUGCUAUUUUUUCAUUAUUUUGUUCUCAUUUUGAUAAAGUAUUAGACUUUUUGCUUAAUUUUUUUCUGUGUAAAUUAUUCUAAAUGCAGUCGUACUCUCAUUAAUUGCAUAAUGCAGCAAAAGCCCUUACUUUGAAUUUCCCACAUAGGUUGAGAGAUGUGGGGUUGGGCCACUGUAGUUCAGUGGUAGAGUGCAUGUUUAACAUGCUGGAGACCCCUUGGUUCAAUCUCCAGUAGCAAACAAAAAUGCAAAAAUAGGAAGCUUCUGAUGUCACAUUUGUCAUUCAUGUAGAGUUCUCAUUUAUAUAGGUAGAAAUUGUUAUUUUUUUCAAAUGAAUGGUAUAUAUUUCUUUCUAGUUAAAUGUAAGACUUAAAGUAUGUUUUUAAGUCAUUUUUAUUAGUGAAUUUUUAAAUGCCCAUAAAACAACAAAAAGUUGAGAAAAAAGGCCAUUCUGUCAGCAGAUAUUUUACUCUGACAUGGCUAUAUCUGGCAUUAUGAGCUACAGCUUAUACUGUUAAUGGGCUUAGUAAAAUGUUGGGAGAGGUUUGGAGUGGUUGAAAAUGUUAACAAAAAACUUAUUGCGACUCUAGUGACAAAUCUAUUAAGUGUAAGGAAAAAAAACCAUUAGUGCUAUCAAUUGUGUUUCUUUUUACUUUGACCUACCUUAAUUUUCUUAUCUCUGAUUAUUUCUUUUUUAGUAAAACUUUACAGCUGCUAGGCCAUAUAAUUAGCUCAGAUAAGUAAGACAAAAAGUUUUCUGAUUUUAUUUCUAACUAAAAAUGCCAAAAUGCUUUUGUUCUCUACUGAAGUUAAGACCAAAAAACAAACAAAAGGAAUAAAAAAAUAAAAAAAAAAAAACUUAAUAGCAAGUAUAAACAAGAUUAGCAGAUUUUACUUUUUGAAUGGACUCUAUUUUGCCAAAAUUUGAGGGAACUGGAAAAGUUAACUGUAAGGACCAGGUCGACUGGCACAUGCCAGUUAAUGCCAGCUGCUUAGGGGGCUGCUUGACCGCUUGAGCCUAGCAGUUCAAGGUCAGCCCACAAUAUGGUGAGACACUGUCUCAAACAAAGCAAACUAUCCUAAAAUGUUUGUGGUGUUUUUUUUUGUUUGUUUGUUUGAUUCUUAAUAGCUAUAUUUUAUGAUGUUAGAUAACUUUUGAUAGGAUAAAAUUAUAACUUGUUCCUUGGGCUAAUUCUGGUCAGUAUUUUUUUAAUUUCAACAUGAAAAGUAAAGAUUGAUGUGUGUCAAUUUUCUAGAGGUAGAACACUUUGGUGUUAGCUCUUUGGUGGUUUUUGUCCCACUCAUUUAAAAUUUUACUUCUGGUUAUGCUAAUGACCUUGUAACAUGCACAUUGAGAUCUGUGGAACUGUCAGUUAUGCUGCAGAACUAGACAAGAUCUUAGAGAGGUGUAUUUACUUGAUAAUUGUGUGCUCUGGUUCUUCAGUAGUUUAAAGUGGAGAUCUUCCUUUAAAAUGUGUGAUUAGUACAAGCCGUAAGACAGAACUUUGCAGUCAGAAGUCUGUCACUUGACACCAGAGCUGCAUGAGGAUAUCUGGUGACUUUGCUAAUUAGAUAGAGCUGCUGUAUUGGUUUUCCUGUUGGAUAGAAUAACAGUUAAUCAUUUUUAGAAGAGUUUUAUAUUACUUGCCAUAAAAUUUGUAUGUGUCUGCGCUCCUGCUAGUUUAGGAGAAAGAUGGUGUUAACCAGUCUCGUCCCUUUGGCGUCACAGACAAACUUUCUUCAGACAGCUGAGAACUUGACAGGGUUACUUCAGUUCCACUCAAACCUGAAAUACUUGGCUUUCCUUUGCAUGCAUCGUGUGCUUAACUAAAUUAAAUGUAGAAGGUUUUAUUUUGAAAGCAUAAAAUUAUUUGUAUUGUGUUUUGUCUCUAAAAUGAAUUCAGUAUUUUUCUUUGUAAAGGCUAUUUGUAGUGUCUGAAGACUGUCAAGAUAGAAAGUAAAUAGAAUAACAGUUCUCUCAAAAUUAUUCCUAAGACUCAGUUCACUGAGUUGUUUUAAUUGGGAGUUGGAGGGAUGAUCUCUAGGAAAGAAAGAGCCCUUUAAGGGAUGCAGCAGGGUAGCAUUUGUCUAGAGCAAACAGGCAUCAAAAAGCUUUUUUUUGGAGUGAGGGCUGGAGGCAGGGGAUUGUUGUGUGGCAUACCGUAGACUAGCAAUUCCAUGUCCAGGGUCAACUGUGCAGAGCAGCCUCAAGCACGUUAGACAGAUCUCUGCACAGGACUUCUCUUUAGUGAGAUAAUCAAUGUGCAGGGUUAUUAAGUAAAAUCACAGGCCACCAUAUAAUAAUUAAGCCAUAUCUUCUGUUCCCAGAACUCCAAGAGUGAACAACUUAUGAUGUUUUGUGAACUUCAAGAAAGAUGGUUUCUGAGGGUUUAAAAAACAAUUUUUCAAUAGUUGAGUUUAUUACUUAGAAUCUUGAAAAUAAGUAACGUAUGUUGAUGAAAUAAAGUUUUUGAGAAGCCUUUUUUUUUUUUUUUUAACCAAUAUGAAAAUAACCUUUGGAAGGAAAAGGUUAUAAAUUAUUUUUUUUCAUGGUAAUGAGUUUAUUUAGGAAAAAGAGAAUUAAUAACUAAUCUCUUUGUAAGGUCAUCAGAUCCUAACAUACAUAUGAAAGUAACAAUUUUAAAAAUACAGUAGUGAACUGAAAGGUCGUCAGGAGGCUUUUCCCUUUCUCUGAACCUCUUUUUUGCUACAUAGACAUUCCCUCUGACUUCUACUCCAUCUUUUAUGUUGGAACUAAACUGCAGUAGUUAAACCUCAUACGUAAAGGCAUAUUUUUCUUCUGUUAAGAUCUGUGCAAAAAAAAAAAAAAAAAAAUGUAUUCUUUUGUAAGCUGGAAUAGUUUUAUUAACAUCAUUUGAAUAUUUUAAACUUGUCUUACUAAGAGUUGUUCAAAUUUAUAAUAAAACAUCUUAUCAUAAGUAGUUUUAUAGGGUAACUACUUAAUUAGAUUUAAAAAUUGUUUAAACAUUCAAUGUUUGGAGGACCUACCACAUGGUAGAGGACCAAACAAGACACCAUCUUUCUGCCUCACAGUGUGAUGGGAAACAUAGUAAUUGGCUUCACAAAUGAGUGCUAGCCAUGAACAGUGCGGAUAAAGACCAUAAUCUCCAGGUCUUAGAGGGUUAGAGACUUCUUGAAGGGGUAACAUUUGAACCAAUGGUAAUAGUCUAGAAAAAGAAGAAGAAAGUCUUAAGUAGAAAGAAGAUGUUUUGGCCUAAAAUUCUAAUUGCUUCAUUAAUAAAACAUACUGAAUGGUAGAUGUUGUUCAGAACACUUUAGAUUAAUUUUCUUAAUGAUCUUAGGAGAUUUUUGUACUGCUAGUACUUCCACUUAAUAAGACAGAGAGGCCCAAAGAAAGUUUCUUGAUUUCACAGCAUUAAACAAAGUUGCUAGGUUAACCUGUGCUUGAUAUGAUUUUUUUUUUUUUUUUAAGAGAUGUACUGUGGUGGGGCGUAAGGAACAGGUCUGAAUUAAUCGAUGUGAACACAUUUGCAUAAUUUCUUAGAAUGCCUUAUGUAACUGAGUUUCGUGAAGUAGAAAGGGAGGUUGGGCACUAAUCAUGCAAGGCCUGUGGCCAUAUUCAAGAUCUUGAUCAUUACUGUGAAAAGUUACAGAAGCAUUUCAGACAGAGGAGUGACGUGAUCCAAUGUGAAUGCAGAAAAGAUUGAUGAAAAUGGGGCCAGAAUGAGUGUACUCUCACACUGAAACUGUGAGUUCCCAAACUGAGUCAUAGAAUAAUAUGCCUAUAUGGUAGGAAUGCUGGAAAGAGAGUGGUCCCAUUUGAAAUGUUCCUCUUAGGAACAUACAACAAGAACACAAAAGACUGUUCUUAUCCCAGUCAGAACUUUUGUUGUUUCUUAACAAAUGAUUCAAAGUCAGGUCAAGUACAUUCUGCUUACAGUAGAAAAAAAAAUGACAUUACUACCAUAAGUAAAGCCAAAUCAUUUCUAAAACUCGUGACACUACCAAAGAGACAAAGAACAUUAAAUUUUUUAAACAAAGCUUUCUAUUUUUUAAUAUAAAUCUCAUGAAAGGAAGAUGUAAAAUUAGAAUUAAAUACCAGCAUUCCUUUCUAGAAAAAGCCUAGAUGGGUCUAACCUAGAAGCAAUUCAUGCUUGAUCUAGUUGUACAAGAUGUCCAAGGUUGAAGCAGCCCACAUGCUUGCAGAGCUCUGCACUCAUCUCCCUGUCCCUUUCUGUGAGGGAACUGGGCCAAGGAAAGAGCAGGCAAGGGACACAAAAUGGAUUAGUGGCGCAGAUCUAGGUGUUGAGAAUUUUGGUUGAAAUUCGGAAAUAAUUUGCAUACUGGAAGAAAAAAUGUGGUUAAAUUACAGUCUGAUAAAUAACCUUAUUUCUAGGUUAGAGUUUCUUAUUUUAACCUCUGAAAUAAUCUUAUCAAAUAAACUUGACUGUGUCUCAGAAUUAAUGGAAAGCUUGAACAUAAGUUGCCAAGACUGGUCCCUGGUUACUGACUCGGGUGUGCAGUGCAGUCUAUAAAUUUACAGCCUUAGCAGAUUACAGGCAAAAGCAUGCUUGAAAACCACUGAUAUGCAUGACUUAGUAAUAUUGCAGGCAGCUGUGGAAGCCUUGAUGCACCAAGCAUGCAUCCCCACACUGGGUUGCAGAAGUACUGUGUGAGCUUGUCUCCUCCUACCUGUGUUUUAUACCUGAACUGAGGCAUGUAAUUAAAGUUCUGAUUUUUUUUCUUAA